UGUCGUGAGAAAGUUUACUGUAUAAUAAAGAUAUAACGAUUAAUUAUAGUUGUAAUUAUAAUAUAUUACUAAAAUGGGUACCAAACUGGCUGAGGAUUUGUUUGGAGAUCCGAAUUUUUACAAGAAACCGAUAAAAGAAAUCGAAGAGAAGUGGAAGCUAGUUCCGGCAUUCUUAAAGGUUAAAGGACUAGUUAAGCAACACAUUGAUUCUUUUAAUUAUUUUAUUAACGUUGAAAUUAAGAAAAUUGUUGAAGCUAACAAUAAGGUUACAUGUGAUGCCGAUCCUUUGUUUUAUAUUAAAUAUACUAAUGUAUAUGUAGGAACACCUGAUGUAGAUGAAGGUUUUAACAUAAGUAAACCCACUACGCCUCAUGAGUGUAGAUUGAGAGAUAUGACUUAUUCAGCCCCUAUUUCUGUUGAUAUAGAAUAUACAAGGGGUACAGAUAGGGUGUCCAAAACUGGUCUGCUAAUAGGAAGAAUGCCUAUUAUGCUCCGUUCUUCAAACUGUGUGCUCUCAAAUAAGUCAGAAUUUCAACUGGCGAAAAUGAAUGAGUGUCCUUUGGAUCCUGGUGGGUAUUUUGUUGUGAAAGGACAGGAAAAAGUUAUUUUAAUUCAGGAACAAUUGUCGAAAAAUAGGAUGAUAGUUGAGGAGGGUAAAUUUGGGAUUCAAUGCCAAGUUACAAGUUCAACGCAUGAGAAAAAGUCGAGGACUUUGGUUUUUAGUAAAGGAAAUAAAUAUUACAUGGGCCACAAUAUAUUUACAGAUCCAAUUCCGGUCUCUAUAAUUUUCAAAGCUAUGGAUGUAAUUGCUGACAGAGAAAUCUGUGAGCUAAUCGGGAUUCCAGACAUACACAAAUUAACACCCACUCUUGAAGAGUGUCAUAAUUUAAAGAUAUAUACCCAGGAAGGUGCUCUUAGAUAUUUGGGUGCAAAGUUGGUAGCUAAAAGGUAUGUAACGGCUGUUUCUAAAGUUAAGACUCCUUUGGAUGAGGCUAGAGAUCUUUUGGCUACAACAGUUUUGGCUCAUGUGCCAGUGGAGAAAUUUAAUUAUAGACAGAAAGCUAUUUAUUUAGGACUUAUGGUAAAAAGAGUGAUUGAGGCGUCGACAGACAACAAAUUCCUAGAUGAUAGGGAUUACUACGGAAAUAAAAGACUCGAGUUAGCUGGCUCCCUGUUAUCCCUAAUGUUCGAGGACGUUUUCAAAAGAUUCAACUGGGAAUUAAAAGCCACAGCUGAAAAAACCAUACCCAAAAUUCGCGCGACACAAUUUGACGUCGUCAAAUACAUGAGGUCUGACUUGAUUACAAGCUGUUUAGUUUUUGCUAUAUCCACUGGAAAUUGGACUAUAAAACGUUUCAGAAUGGAACGUCUGGGAGUCACACAGGUUUUAUCGAGGUUGAGUUACAUUUCAGCUCUUGGUAUGAUGACGAGAGUAAACUCACAGUUCGAAAAAACUAGAAAAGUGUCGGGUCCGAGGUCUUUACAGCCCAGUCAGUGGGGUAUGUUGUGCCCUAGUGACACACCAGAAGGAGAAGCCUGUGGAUUGGUGAAAAACUUGGCAUUGAUGACACAUAUAACGACAGAAGUGGAUGAAUACCCAUUGAUAAGACUCGCUAAUAAUGCUGGUUUGCAAGAUAUUAACAUGGUUGCCAGUAUUUCAAUACAUUCACCACAAUCCUUCCUGGUAUUUUUAAACGGUAACAUCCUUGGUGUGAUUAAAAACUACAAAAAAAUGAUCAGGGUGUUCAGACUUAUGCGCCGCAAGGGCUACAUAAGCAGCUAUGUUUCUAUAUACCCGAGUUUUCUACAUAAGUGUAUCUACAUCAGCUCAGAUGGCGGCAGAUUGUGCAGACCCUAUAUUAUCGUGGAAAAAGGCAUACCUUUGGUCAACCAGCAGCAUAUUCUGGAGUUGGAGAAAGGAAUAAGGAGUUUUGAGGAUUUUAUACAUGAUGGUUUAAUCGAAUUUUUGGACGUAAACGAAGAAAACGAUAGCUUCAUAGCUUGUUACGAAAAAGACAUCAACGAAUUGACAACGCAUUUAGAAAUAGCCACUUUUACCUUACUUGGUGUGUGUGCUGGCUUAGUCCCAUACCCCCAUCAUAAUCAAUCGCCCAGAAAUACGUACCAAUGUGCUAUGGGUAAACAAGCUAUGGGUACCAUAGGGUACAAUCAAAAAAAUCGUAUGGAUACACUUUUGUAUAACUUGGUGUAUCCACAGGCACCAAUGUGCAAAACUAAGUCCAUAGAGUUGACGAAUUUUGACAAGUUACCAGCAGGUCAAAAUGCUACAAUAGCAGUCAUGAGCUAUAGUGGUUAUGAUAUUGAAGACGCCCUAAUUUUGAAUAAGGCUUCAAUUGAUAGAGGUUUUGGUAGGUGUUUAGUUUACAAAAACUCCAAGUGCAUAAUGAAAAGGUACGCCAAUCAAACGUACGAUAGAAUCCAAGGGCCCAUGGUGGAUCCAGCUACUGGACAAGCUAUGUGGAAGCAUACUUGUCUGGAUAAUGAUGGGAUAGCUGCUCCUGGAGAACUAGUACAAAAUAGACAGACUUUGGUUAACAAAUCCAUGCCUAGCGUGUCUGCGGUACCAGGUAGUACCAACACAUCGGUAGAAUACAAAGACGUGCCAAUUAGCUACCGAAAUAACGAACCAAGCUAUAUAGAGAAAGUCCUGAUAAGUACUAAUGAAGAGGACACAACACUGAUAAAAAUACUUUUGCGACAAACGCGUCGACCGGAAAUCGGGGACAAAUUCAGCUCACGGCACGGGCAAAAAGGCGUGGUUGGCUUGGUAGUUGAACAGGAAGACAUGCCUUUUAACGAACAAGGAAUCUGCCCUGAUAUCAUAAUGAACCCCCACGGUUACCCCUCCAGAAUGACAGUGGGUAAACUGAUUGAACUGCUAUCGGGCAAAGCCGGAACCUUCGAGGGUAAAUUUCAUUAUGGUACCGCGUUUGGCGGGUCCAAAGUAUCAGAUGUUUCCGCGGAGUUGGUAAAGCAUGGUUAUAACUAUCAGGGGAAGGAUAUUUUUUAUUCCGGGAUAACUGGAGAGCCUCUGGAAGCUUAUAUUUACUCUGGGCCUGUGUAUUAUCAGAAAUUGAAGCAUAUGGUUCAGGAUAAAAUACACGCCAGAGGAAGAGGUCCAAGAGCUGUUUUAACUAGGCAACCUACAGAAGGAAGAAGCAGAGAUGGAGGUCUACGUCUUGGUGAAAUGGAAAGAGAUUGCCUAAUAGGUUAUGGAGCUAGUAUGAUGUUGGUGGAAAGACUAAUGGUUUCCAGCGACCAAUGUGAAGUGGAUGUUUGUAAUAAAUGCGGUCGACUAGGUUACUGCGGUUGGUGUAAUUCAUGCAAAAGUUCUGGACAUGUCUCAAGUAUUACAAUGCCUUAUGCUUGUAAACUAUUACUCACAGAAUUACAGGCUAUGAAUAUUACAGCAAGGCUAACAUUAAGCCACUAUUGUGAAUGAGUUUAAGUUUUUUAUAUUGAAUAAAU